GCAAAGGCCUCAGCCAAUGGCAACAGUUUUGACAUCUACGGUCGAGUUCCCCCCAAGGAGCCAAGAUACAAUUUUCAAUGCAGCGCCUGUGCUCGUAGCGUCAGUGUUUUGCGCUACGCCCCACAUUUAGACAAGUGUUUGGGAAAAAAUAAGUCUGGCCGAAGUGCCGGAUCUCAACGGAAAUCAGCAAAUGGUAUCUCGGGCUACGGCAACGGCACCGAUAGCAAGGACCCUGUUGCUGCUGCCGUUGCGGCCUCCGCGGCUUCCGCGCUCAUAAAGAAGAAAAAGCGGAAGCGUAAUUUUAAUUCACACCCGGACGUGGCCUCAUACAUUUUUCCAGUUGGACCCAUAGUACUGCGCCUGCGCGUCGAUGCGGACGGGAGGGCAGUGCGCGUACUCUCUCCCCAUGAGAUAGCAGUGGUUGGGCUAAUCACGGCGCCCUCGGUGCCCGCGCUAGGGGAAGAAAAAAAGCCCCCAAAAGCCAUGACAACGAAGAAGCAGCAGCAGGAGAAGAACGUGAAGAAGAGUAAGGGAAAAGAGGAAUUUUCACGGGGCCUCAUCCCCAAAGAGAUUGAUGUCAUCCCCUCCCCGGCACCCAUGAGCGCGGCUGUCUUGCCUCAAGCUGGCGCUUCACGUGAUCCUCCUUUUCGGAUUGACCAAGGCCAAAGCCAUUCAUGUCCACCGCAGUACGUACAGAGAUCACCUUCAAUAGUACAGACGCAAUACAUGUCCUCUCAAGGGAGAAACACUGCUGAGCACCUGAAUGGGAACUUUUCAUCCAUUUUCAACGGUCAAGGGCAGCAGGAAGCUCGUCACU